ACGUGUUUCAAUUUAUGUAGACCGGGUGGAAUACAGACUUGAUUACAAGUCCCACUGUAUUUCAUGUGUACGGCGGUCACUAUCUAGACAUUUCAUAAUAACAAAUUAAUCAUCUGUUUAUGAUUCCUGAUCUUCUAAUAAUCAACAGUUCGCCAUACCUUCAAUUCGCCAGAUAGGAACUUCCGAUAAUACAGCUCUUUUAAAGUGGGAGUCCUUUUAUGUGUGCUACAUCGGUAGGGUGUCUUUAUUCAACCCAGCUGGGGUUUGACAGUUUGCUCUUAUAAAUCAAUGUCUAAUCACGCCGAUAUAUGACAUUUCAUUGUUUAGCGCGGAUGUGAGUACCUACUACUAACCACCACCCACAGGAGAAUCAUGGAAGAAAUCAAAUCAGAGCCUCUCGAUUUUGUGAAAGACUUCCAAGAGUAUCUGACACAGCAAACCCAGCAUGUCAACAUGAUCUCUGGUUCCGUGGGUGUUGACAGAGAAACAGAAUCUCCACCACAAACUGCUGCUACAGAGAGUGAGCAUAAUGGGCUGGACCAUCCUUCUGUGGAGGUGUCACUGGAUGACAGCUCAGGGUUACUUGCAGAUGAUUUUGAGAGGACCUACGAUGGCAAACUAAAGUGCCGCUACUGCAACUAUGCCAGCAAAGGCACAGCUCGGCUGAUAGAGCACAUGCGCAUCCAUACAGGAGAAAAGCCCCAUCGCUGCCACCUGUGCCCAUUUGCAUCAGCUUAUGAGCGGCACUUGGAGGCCCACAUGCGCUCUCACACUGGGGAGAAGCCCUACAAGUGCGAGCUCUGCUCCUUCCGCUGCAGUGACCGCAGCAACCUGUCCCACCACCGUCGCCGCCGCCACAAGCUGCUGCCCAUGAAGGGGCCGCGCUCCACGCUUUCCAGUCGGAAGAUGCUCAGUGUCCUGCAAAAGAGGACCAGCUCCUUGGCCUACACCAGGAGGCUCUUCAUCAACUUCAGUCCUCCAUCCAUGGUGGUGCAAAACCCGGAUUAUCCGAAUGACCUCUCACAUGAGCUACCCCACCUGCAUUCUAAUGCAUAUGAAGCACAUGCCGGCGAUGGCAAGGAUGCACGGCAUAUGAUGACGGACAACCCACUGAACCAGUUGUCAACGUUGGCAGGCCAGUUAGCCAGCCUGCCUCCUGAAUGCCAGACCACUGUGUCUCCAGACAGGGAUGAGAAACCAUUUCUUAUCCAGCAGGCUUCUUGUACACCGGCUGAAGCGUCUGCAGGUGGACCUCACACGUCUCCCCCCGGCUCAUCAGAGCCGCAGCCCCCAGCACGCAGGAACUACAGCCCAGUAGCAGGCCCCAGCAGUGAACACAGCUCAGCUAGCAUUAGCAACAGCAUGCCCAGCACACCUGUCCCUGGCCUGCCACCACAGGACCCUCAGCUGCUUCACAGCUGCCAGUACUGCCAGACCUACUUUGCAGACAACAUCCUCUACACCAUCCACAUGGGCUGCCACAGCUAUGAGAAUCCAUUCCAGUGCAACAUCUGUGGCAGUAAGUGCAGUGAUAAGUAUGACUUUGCUUGCCAUUUUGCUCAGGGACAGCAUAAGCAGUAACUCUUCAAACGUUCAAGCUACAUAACAGUUUCUUUGUUUUGCCCACAUACAGCAUAUUAUUUUGGCUGAAUAUGUACGAAAUUACUUGGAACUUAUAAGAAUACAUAUACUUUCAGAUUCAGUGACUGUUUAAAGAUGUGGUUGUAAUACAUAGUUUGGAGCUAAAAUGUUUCACUUUAAAUGAGAAGUACAGGAGACAGUCCUUUAUAGAGAAGUUCAACCAUGUCAGAGACAUGUUUUGCCAUUACAAUAGUACUAGGCCCUUUACUAGUCAAUUAGCUAGACGGACAAGGAGAAAAUGUUAUGUUAAAUAGUUUAACACUACAACUCAAUAACUUUGACACUUUUAAAUACAUUUGAUGUACACUCUGUUGCACAUAAAUUCCCUGCUGCCAAUCAUAUCUUCCCAAAAAGUCAUUUUGUCCUGACUGAAUUGUGCUUGUUGUUCUGUGCUGUUAGCUCCUUUAUUGUUCACUGGUUCAGAGUGUCGCCAAAAACGUAUUUCGACAUGCCUGGAAUAUUUCACAUCCACCACUCAAUUAAAACUUGAUAAUUCGAA